CUGCGGAGGCCCGCUGGAGGGUUUCUCAUUGUUGGCUGUGGGAGCGUCUGCAUCUUGAGGGUCCUGCAGCGGUCCUGAGGAAGGUCGUGAUGUGGUGCUGGAGCCGCUGGACCUGUGGACUUCUGGUCAGGACAGGUGCAUGCUGGGACAGGACAGGACGCACAGCAGGCGGACAGGUCUGAUUGGAGUUUUAUUUGGGUUUUGGGACGUGAUUUUGGACAGUGUACGUGUCUCUCUGAGGACGGGGGAUCAAAGCUGUGAAUUGAUUGAGGAACCAGUCUUGGGUUUAAAGUAUUGAUUAGUAAACCAUGUGAUGACAUACAGGAGAAAAAUGGAUAUCAUUUAUCUGCUGAUUCUUUCCAAACUGCUGAACCUUUAUUUGUUUGUUCAGACAGAUAAGAGAAAGUUGAGUUUGUUUCUUUAUUGCUUAAAGGGAUUUUAGUACUGUAUUACAUAUAAAUAUGUAUUUACAUGUGUGUGUGUGUGCGCUGGGUGUCGGUGGCCAGAUCCACAGGGUGAAAACACACGUUGUCUGAGUUGUCGGGCCGAUCACAGACGUGGACCCGGGUUGGACCUGUGUCAUAAACAUGUGGACUUUAGACUCAUUUUGAUUUUGACGCCUGUGAGUCUGUGAGUUCUGGAUGGUUUUUCUUUAGUUUAUGUAGAACAGACAGAGGUCUAAUUAACAUUUUACUAUCACGGACGAACUGACCAACAAAUUAUGAAAACAAGGAAAAUUUCAAGCGCCUCAAACAUUCAAAUUGUACCAGAAUGCAACAGGAUUAAGACUUGGAGCAUCUCCUUGUAUUUGUUGUUGCUGAGCUAGCGUUAGCUCAGCGGCCUCCUCGCCCCGUGGGGACCUCUCGUCUCCUUCGUCCUUUGGGGGGUCGGUAAAGCGCGUCGGAGCAGUCGCUCCCUCUGGGAGGUGUUUUCAUCCUUUCUAAAGGGAGACUGAUACCAGUGAGGGUGGUUGUUUCUACUGGAGCCUGCUGUUAUUGUAGAAUAGAAAGUCUGCAGCCGGUGUUUCAUUUUCUAAUAAUGUGGUGGAAAAUAAAACACAGCUGCUGCCCUCAUUGAGUUCGUAGUCGCGUUCAUCCCUCAGUUGGUGCAGCAGAUGCUUUUUAUUGUAACCCUUCACACCUGUUCAUCCUGAUGUAUUUAUUGUGUUCUCCCCCAUGAAGAAAAAAAUCAAUAAUAGUAAAUUUAUCGUUUGGGUGAGGUCUUUGCUUCUCAUUUGAACCGUCUGGAUUAAUUAAGAGUCCCUCAUCAUUUUAAAAGCUUGCAGGUCGUUUUGUUAGAUGAUGGAUGUGUUGUUCCUGGCGUUGGCCAGCAGGAGGCAGCAUGGGACCUCUAACCGACAGAAGCUCAUUCCAUGGACCAUCAUCUCCUGUCUUCUCCUUCUUGUGUUGGUCUUUGACCUUUUUAUUAUACACGUCAUCUUUGCUAAAUAUGAGUUCCUCUAUCAACAAGAUCAGAUAAAGAUUAUUCUUUAUAAGCUGAUCAAAUGCAAAGUCUUUGUAUGGAAAAAGUGUGAUGACUAAAGCUCUUUGAUAAAAAUGUAAAACCUUAAAUAUUUCCUUCUUAAUUUGGAGGGAAUAUUCGAGUACCUUUUAACUAACUCAGGUGUGAUGUUUGCAGACCAGCUGGUCAGUAAACUACAUCAGUGUGUUUCCUUUCCACCAACAACCUGCUGCCAUAGUGAGAGCAGAAACAACACGCUGCAUUCAGGGACACUGCGUACAUCUGCACUGCACGGCUGACAAGUUGUUGGUAUUGAUGCAAAAACAAUUGUCCACGUUAGAAACUGAAAAAGUUUUCUACUGACUUAUAUUUUAAAGACUAUAGUAAUUAAAAAUGCCACAACAGCCUUGUUUUCUUGACAUAAUUGCCCCCCCCCCCCAUUCUCGAGUCAUUCCUAUUUCCGACGGCCCUGAAGGCAGCACUGUGGGCUCUGUGGGCGGGGCUUAGGGAAGCCCAAGUGCGACUCGUCUGAACGCGUCACACCGCAGCGAUGAUCCGCUGAGCCGCAGCAGCUCAACGGCGAAACGGCCACAACUCGGACCUGAACGAGCACAAAUAAAAACGCCGCGACUGAGCUCUCGACUCCGCGGGGCCCCCAUGGUCCAUUUCCCGGGGCGCAGACCGAGGCGCGCGGCCUCAGACCGGGACGGCUGGAGAUGUUCGACUCGUCGUGGCGGGUGCGCAGCAUCUGGGACGGGGUGAGGCUGGAGGUGUCGGAGCACCGCGGCCCGGUGGUGCUGCACAGCCUCACGCACCUGGACCCGGACCUGCCGCUGCUGGAGAGCUCGACGCAGGAGAUCGCCGAGGAGGCCGAGGAGGACGCCGUCUUCACCAUCACGCUGAGGAAGGUGCAGCUCCACCAGUCGGCCAGCAAGGGGCAGCGGUGGCUGGGCGUGGAGACGGACUCCGCCCUCAGCCUCUACGAGACGUGCAAGGUGCGCACCAUCAAGGCCGGCACGCUGGAGAGGCUGGUGGAGUACAUGGUGUCGGCCUUCAGGGGCAAGGACUCCACCUACGUCACCAUCUUCCUCUGCACCUACCGCUCCUUCGCCUCCACCAGGCAGGUGCUGGACCUGCUGCUCAACAGGUACGCGAAGCUCCAAAACGCGCCGGCAGCCACGGCCCACCGAGUGUCCCAGGACGACCGCACCGAGCUCAGGAACACCGUGUCGUCCAUCCUGGGCGCCUGGCUGGACCAGUACUCCGAGGACUUCUGGAGCCCCCCGAGCUACGACUGCCUGCACCAGCUCAUGUCCUACCUCCACCGCCACUUCCCCGGAUCGGACCUGGAGCGCCGCGCCCGCAACCUGCUGGCCCACUUCCACCGCCGCCAGCAGCAGUGUGAGCCCGAGCCCGAUGGGGAGCACAUCGGCUGCCCCUUCGCCACGCAGGAGGAGAGCGGCUUCGAGGACGAGCUUCCUGCCUUCAGCUUCCUGUCGUUCGACCCCAUCAUGGUGGCGGAGCAGUUCACGCUGAUGGACGCGGACCUGUUCAAGAAGGUGGUGCCGUACCACUGCCUGGGGGGGAUCUGGUCCCAGCGGGACAAGAAGGGCAAGGAGCACCUGGCCCCCACCAUCAGGGCCACCGUGGCCCAGUUCAACUCCGUCACCAACUGCGUCAUCACCACCUGCCUGAGCAACCCCACCCUGAAGCCCAACCAGAGGGCCCGGCUGCUGGAGCGCUGGAUCGACGUGGCUCGGGAGUGUCGGAUCUUGAAGAACUUCUCGUCGCUGCGAGCCAUCCUCUCCGCCCUGCAGUGCAACGCCAUCCACCGCCUGAAGAGGACCUGGGAGGAAGUGUCACGGGAGAGUUUCCGCACCUUCCGAGAGCUGUCGGAGAUCUUCUCAGACGACAACAACUACUCGCUCAGCCGAGAGCUGCUGGUGAAGGAGGGAACCUCCAAGUUCGCCACGCUGGAGAUCAACCCCAAGCGAGCUCAGAGGAGACACCAGCAGCAGAGAGACCUGGGCGUGAUGCAGGGGACGAUCCCCUACCUGGGGACCUUCCUGACGGACCUGGUGAUGAUGGACACGGCCAUGAAGGACUACACCGAGGGCGGUUUGAUCAACUUCGAGAAGAGAAGGAAGGAGUUCGAGGUGAUCGCUCAGAUCAAACUGCUCCAGCUGGCCUCCAACAACUACAGCUUCACCCAGGACGCCCACUUCAGGGAGUGGUUCUCAGGGGUGGAGAAGCUGAGCGAGGCCGAGAGCUACAACCUGUCCUGUGAGUUUGAGCCUCUGUCGGAGUCGGCCAGCAACACGCUGAGGGCCAAGAAGAACGGAGGGAUCAUGAAGCGCUGGAGCGACCGGCAGCUGACGGAGGCCGGCUGCAGCGGCGCCCCGGGCUCUCACUCCAAGUCCUUCGACCACUCGCACUACAGGCCCUACCAGGGGGCGGAGGGGGGGGGAGGGGGGGACAGCGGCGACGCCCUCAGCGUCACCUCCGUCAGCUCCAGCGGGUCGGACCUGGAGGACGUGAACGCCAGCUUCCUGUCCGACUCUCCGGAGGGACACGAGAGGAAGACGUCGACUCCCUCGGUGAAACUCACCGUCUCUGCUCUGGGGAGAGAAGCUCCGGCAGCCGAUACGACGUCAACGUUCUGGGAGUGCACGUCCCUGUCCUCCCUGGACACCUCCGGCUCGGCCUCGGGCUCCAGCAGCGCCUCCUCCUCCUCCGUCUCCUCCUCCACGCCGCUCUCCGCCUCCCGCUCCCACAAGCGCUCGGCCUCGGCGGUGUCCAACUACUCCACGCUGUCGCUGCCGCUGUACAACCAGCAGGUGGACGACUGCUGCAUCAUCCGGGUCAGCCUGGACGUGGAGAACGGGAACAUGUACAAGAGCAUCCUGGUGACGAGUCAGGACAAGACGCCGGCCGUCAUCAGGAAGGCGAUGAUCAAACACAACCUGGAGCGGGAGAAAACCGACGAGUACGAGCUGAUGCAGAAGAUCUCUGAGGACAAAGAGCUUCGUAUCCCGGACAACGCCAACGUUUUCUACGCCAUGAACUCCACUGCCAACUACGACUUUGUGCUGAAGAGGCGGGGCUUAGUGCGCCCGCUCCGCGCCAAGAACGUGGCCAGUUCCACGCUGCCGCGCAUGAAACAGAAGGGACUGAAGAUCGCCAAGGGCAUCUUCUGAGGAAGACCUCGCCUCUUCCUGCCCCACCUCCCCCACCUCCGCCCCUCAGGGGAAACACUUUGUCCGGAGCUGAGGUUUAUCUGAGUUUUGGGUUUUGGGGACGCAGGCGGAGACAAAGACAGCCGCAGCACUUAGGGACGGCUCGCCGGACCGCCCCCCCCUCACACACACACACACACACACACACACACACACACACACACACAUGUCCCUGGAAACGGGAGAGUCACCUGACCCAGCGGUUCCAUUACUGGUCCUUUUUGUUUACGUCUUCAGUCACAUUCGCUUCAAGCCUCUUUGAAACUUUUCAUCUGGAGCCCCCCCCCCCGCCGAGCGCCGCCUGUGGUUCCAUUUUUUCAGGGAGGUUCACCGCCCUCGACUCCUCUCCAAAGGUUCCACGCCGCCGACGUUGAGGAAUCCCCAAAAUACUUGGACUUCUGACCAAAAAGGAGAAAACAAAAGGUCAAACAGUCCAGCCGUGAAUCACAUGCCUCCUCAGACCUGAAUGGUAACCACGGCAACGCGAGGACGAGGCUGUCCUCUGACACGGAGCGUCGUCCUGGGAGGGAAGAAGAAGUGAGCUGAGUGUAUAUAUACAUUUGUAUGUAUACGUAUGGAUUAACUGUGCACUAUUUCCCUUUUGUUUAUAGACUCGUCACGAUAUCCACCUUUUCUCCUUCGUGUUUGCUUUGCUUUGCUUUUGCAUCUUUGGUGCCUCACUGCUUCUUCUUCUUCUUUCCUUCUUUGAUGCAGAAAAAAUGUUUUUUCACCUUUAAAUCCGUAAAAAAAUAUAGAAGCAAAGAAAACAUUUAAAUUUGAUCUUAAAAACUGAAUAGAAAUGUUGGAUUCUGAGAUUUUCAUCGUCUCACAAAAUCAAAAUAUUUUCUGCAACAGUAAACUGAUACUCUGGAACAACAGGAGGAGGAGGAGGAGGAGGAGGAGGACUGGUUUAGCUCUUCUCCCACCACGGCGUCUCUGGGGCGGCGGAGUCGUCCUGUGACGUCAGCAGCAGGAUUUAGAUGGUUUUUCACAUCAGAUGGAAAAAUCCAACCCUUCAGUUAUUGUUUUCUUUUGGAAGUGCUUUUGGUUUUUUAAGGAGCACAUUUUUGACAGCUGGGAUAUUUGUAAGUGUCAUUUUUUUAAGCGCUGCUUAAACAUCUGUCCCAGCUACUGUUUGUUAUUUUCUGGAUCAAAGGGACCAAAACGCAGCCUUUCUGGAUCAUUCUUUACCUUCUGAUGCUUAUGAGUUGUAACAUUGCUCUUAAAAAAGCACUUAAUGCUUCACACAUGACUUGUACCUCUUAUGAGGACAUCUUCUCACUAGAGGACCUUCAAGACGAGUUAGACGGCUAAUGCUAGCUUAAGCUGUUAGCAUCCAGGAGCUAAGGCCACUGGUGACGCUCAUGACGUCAUAAACUGGACCCUGAGAGGAACUCUGAGGGUCUCAAAACAGCUGCAGCACAGAGAGCCAUUUGCAAAGCAUCCUGGGAAACGUAGGAAACAAAGGUUGGAUUUUUCUAAUGUUUGGAUUGCAGUGCGACCGUGUUUUGCCUUUUUCUUUCGUUCUCUCCACCUGCAUGAAGUCAUGAAGCUCCUGCUGACCAUCAAAUGAAUGAAGAGAAAGAACAAUGUGCUGAGGAGGCACCUGAGGAACACUGUGACCUUUGAACCCUCUCACUCUGCCUGUCAAGUCGAGCACUGUGAACUACAAAAUAGAAGAAGUAAAGGCCCCCCCCCGAAGGGGUCAUAGUGAACAUCCACGACAGACUUGAUGCUCCAUGUGCCAAAAACAGAGAAGAGAGAAACCGUUUCAUCAGAGAAGAAAAACAAGUUGUGUGUUUACUGUUGUUUGCAUUUUUCUGCAACAAACAAACAAACCAACAAGGGGGGGGCCACACCGUCUCCCCGAGGAGAACCAGACUGGAGCAGAGACUCCGCCAUCAAUCCACCCGCCGCAUAGUUCUAAACCCCUUUCUGUUCCUUCAGGAUCAAAGCUGCCAAAUUAGCAGAUGUUAAAAAAUACAACCAGUGACUCUUUAACAGAAAAGCGUUUUUUAUUCCAACCAAAGUCGACACCUGGAAACAAACGAGUGUGUUAACGACGCCCUCGUCCCCAGAUGUUCAAACGAGUGUGUUAACGACGUCCUCGUCCCCAGAUGUUCACACGAGUGUGUUAACGACGCCCUCGUCCCCAGAUGUUCAAACGGCCACGUGCUGCUGAUCCAGAGAAGGUCUCUGCAGACGACGUUCACACCUGUCUCUUGUCUGGUUCCCCUGAAGAUGUGACUCUUUACAAUGCUUCUUCUCAGGGGUCCUCUAUGGUCCCCCCCCCCCCUUCUAACCCUAACCCCCGAGUUUGGUUGGAACAAAAACAGUUUUAAGCCCUUAGUCAACGAACAAAGUCUGUUUCCAGCUGUUCCUGCAGCUGUCCGUCUCCGAGGGGACUCCAGAUGGUGUCGGACUGGUUUGUGUGUCGUCGUAGCCCGUGUUGACAAUGACGUACCUUGUGUGUGUGUGUGUGUGUGUGGGUGGGAUUUGACCUGAUUCUGUGCGAGUUUGAACAAAAAAGGUUUACAGGAAGAGAGAGAAAAAAAGUUUGAAAAACUGGAAACGUGGUGGCGUGUGUUUUUAAAUGUUUAAUUUCUUGUUCCCUUGGACUGUGCUCGGGUGCCAUUCUUUUUUCAUUUUAACAAAAAAAAAGAAUUUCAGAACUUUUUCUAACUGCAGUCUCUUCUUUGUUUUUCUUUUCUGAACACAAACAUCGUGUAGAAUGCAAAAACUGUCCGUGAUUGUUACCUUGUUUAUUUAUUGAUUUGUAUAUAAAGAUUUUGUUUUGCAUUGUACAUUCUCUCCUUUCUUGGGUAUAGAUUAAUAUAUUCAUGUACAUACGAAUAAACAUUAUGUUUAUAAAAGUA